AUGUUGGGUUCUAAAUAUCAAUCAUUCCUUUACUUUCAAGUGAUCAAUUUCUUACUAUCAACAAACCCAAGUCUUUGUUCACCAAACGGUGUGAGUACACAAGAAUGUGGUACUUUCUUUGGUCCUGUAUCCCUUUCAGACAAUACUCAAUUCUAUUGUCGUAAUUCAGGUUCAUAUUUAUAUAAAUGUGAAAAACCUACGUUUUUACCUAAUGCCGAGAAUUGUAGACCUUACAGCAAUCCCAAGAAUUUAGCAAGUCCAGUUUCACAAGAUGGAGAUCCUGAAAGCGUAACCUGUCUUGCUUAUGAAACACGUUAUCCUGAUAGUGCUCCAGCUUAUAUGGAUUGUUUAAGUAAUUGGAAAUCUACCUAUAGAUGUGACCCACCUGGUAAAACAUUAAUGACUGCUCAAAACUGUUUGAUGGCCGAUGGCGUACAAGUACCCAAUACAAAGAACCUCAAACAACAUGAUCAAGCUCAGAGUAAACUAUUCAUUAUUCCAAAGAUUGUUGAGGUAGUCCAGGUCUAUGAAGAUACUACUGACAAUAAGAGAACUGUGAAAAAGUUUCUAUAUCAAAAUUCAACAGCACCUAGUCCUACAGUGCCUGUCACUCAUGAACACCUUCAGUUGAGUGUGGCUUGGACAGAAUUGGCCACAGAGGAAUAUGCUGACAUGAUUCACAAUUCCAAUUCACAUCAAAGUAGCCUCAUGGAAGCUAAAACUUCAAAGAAGAAACCUUAG